GGCCAGGCGGCCGCACCAGCGAGCGGACAAGCGGGCGGCGAGCAGCGCGGAGCGCGCGGGGCAGCGCGGAGGGAGCGCAGCGCGCGGCGUUCGGAGCCGGGAGGCCGGAGCAGCGCCGCCCCCGCUGUCCCUGCGAGGCCCGGGUAGGGAGCCGGACCAGGGAGCUGGCGGCAUGGCCCGGCGGCCCGGGGCGCGGGGGCGCUAGGUCCCGGGCGGGUGCCCCGUGUCUCGCCGCCGCCACCGCGCGCCGCACCGCGCGCCCCGCCCGCUCCAGCCGCCCCCGGGGCCGCCGGCGGCCGAUGAGCCCCGGCCUCAAAGUUUGCGGCGGGCGGGCGGGCGCGGAGCCUCCAAGAUGCCGUUCCACCCGGUGACGGCGGCGUUGAUGUACCGGGGCAUCUACACCGUGCCCAACCUGCUGUCGGAGCAGCGCCCGGUGGAUAUCCCUGAGGACGAGCUGGAGGAGAUCCGAGAGGCAUUCAAGGUGUUCGACCGUGAUGGCAAUGGCUUCAUCUCUAAGCAGGAGCUGGGAACGGCCAUGCGCUCCCUGGGUUACAUGCCCAAUGAGGUGGAGCUGGAGGUUAUCAUCCAGCGGCUGGACAUGGAUGGUGAUGGCCAAGUGGAUUUUGAGGAGUUUGUAACACUCCUGGGACCAAAGCUUUCCACCUCGGGGAUCCCAGAGAAGUUCCAUGGCACUGACUUUGACACUGUCUUCUGGAAGUGUGACAUGCAGAAGCUGACGGUGGAUGAGCUGAAGCGACUCCUCUAUGACACCUUCUGCGAGCACCUGUCCAUGAAGGACAUAGAGAACAUCAUCAUGACAGAAGAGGAGAGCCACCUGGGCACUGCUGAGGAGUGCCCUGUGGACGUGGAGACUUGUUCCAACCAGCAGAUCCGCCAGACGUGUGUGCGCAAGAGCCUGAUCUGCGCCUUCGCCAUCGCCUUCAUCAUCAGUGUCAUGCUCAUCGCGGCCAACCAGGUGCUGCGCAGUGGCAUGAAGUAGGCACCAUGUGAGUGCCCACCUGGCAUUUGUAGUGCCCAGGCUAGCCCCACACCCACCGCCGCCUGCAGCCCUCCCUCACAGCUUACUCCUUGGGCCACCACCCACGGGCACUUCGAGCCUGGACAUUGACCACCCCGAUCCUCACCCCAUAGGCCUUGCAUGGAGCCAUGGCCCAACCGUGAAGGACCUGGCGGUGGCUCUGAGGACAGUACUAG